UUUCUCUGCUAAGCAGGACAGUAUAUAAACCCAAAGUGCUCCGCUUCUCUUUCAAAAUUCCUCGUUGCCCUGAGAGCGAGGCGAGAGGGGGACUGAGAGAGACAAAAUGGCUUCCAAGCUAAAAGUCGACGAGCUCCGAGCCAAGCUAUCACUCCGAGGCCUCGACACUACCGGCACCAAACCCAUCCUCGUCAAAAGGCUUGAAGCGGCGUUGCAGAGCGAAGAGGAGAAGGAAAAGGAGGCCGAUCCUGAUGAGGCUGUCCCUGCGAGUGGGGUGUCGAACGGUCCAGGGAAGAGGAAGAGGAGCUCCGAUGACGAUGCUGUUGAUCGGGAGGAGGAGGUAUGCUUAGAAAAAGAGAAGUUAGUGAAGUACACUGUGCGCGAGUUGAAGGAUUUGGCCGCCCGAUGCGGGGUUUCGGCGACUGGGACGAAGAUGGAGCUUGUCAAGAGGCUUUCAGGAGUUGCAGAGAUCCCAAAAGGAACUGUGGAAGAGGUGGCGGUUGAAGAGAUUGAAGAAGAGAGAUUGGUCACUGCUACCAGGAAGGGUGGUGCUGUUCUGGACCAAUGGCUUCCAGAUUAUAUAAAAACAAGCUUCCAUGUAUUGCAAAAUGGAGGUGAUUUUUACGAUGCUACGUUGAAUCAGACAAAUGUUGGAGACAAUAACAAUAAGUUUUAUAUUAUUCAGGCUUUAGAAUCUGACGAUGGCUUCAAGUUCAUGGUUUACAGUAGAUGGGGCAGAGUUGGAGUAAGAGGUCAAGAUAAAUUACACGGUCCUUUUACUCGAGAAACAGCAAUAAGAGAAUUUGAAGUAAAGUUCUUUGAAAAGACAAAGAAUCGAUGGUCUGACAGAAAGAACUUUAUUUGUCAUCCUAAAUGUUAUACUUUGUUAGAGAUGGAUUAUAGUGAAGCUGGAGAGGAGCAGGUGGUACCUAAGCCAAUAAAAUCUGUUGAUACACAACUUCGCGAGACAAAACUUGAUGGUCGCAUUGCAAAAUUUAUCUCUGUUAUUUGCAAUGUCAGCAUGAUGAAGCAGCAGAUGCUUGAGAUAGGCUACAAUGCUGAAAAAUUGCCCCUUGGUAAGCUCAGCCAAUCGACAAUUCUGAAGGGCUAUGAUGUUUUGAGGAGAAUCUCUGAUGUGAUUGGGAAAGCGGACAGGAAAAAACUUGAACAAUUAAGUGGAGAGUUCUAUACUGUGAUCCCCCAUGACUUCGGUUUUAAAAAGAUGCGUGAAUUUGUAAUUGAUACCCCUCACAAAUUAAAAUCCAAGUUGGACAUGGUCUCAGCUUUGGGAGAGAUUGAGAUUGCAACUAAGAUUCUCAAAGAUGAUGCUGACUCUCUGGAAGACCCUUUGUAUUCUCACUAUCAACAUUUAUGCUGCGAAUUGAAUCCUGUUGAAAUCAACUCGAAAGAAUUUCUUAUGGUACAAAAAUACUUGAAAAAUACUCAUGCAGAAACACACUCAGGCUACACGGUUGACAUUAUACAUUUAUUUAGUGUUUCAAGAAAAGGAGAAGCUGAGCGUUUCAGAAAGUUUUCCGAUGUACAAAAUCGAAUGCUUCUUUGGCACGGUUCUCGAUUGACAAACUGGACAGGCAUCCUAUCACAAGGCUUACGGAUUGCUCCCCCAGAGGCUCCUGUUACAGGUUACAUGUUCGGCAAAGGUGUUUAUUUUGCGGAUAUGUUCUCAAAAAGCGCAAAUUACUGCUGCACAAGCCCUGAAUCUUCUUCAGGGGUGUUGCUUCUGUGUGAGGUUGCCUUGGGAGAUAUGGCUGAGCUACUAAAUGCAAACUGUCAUGCACAUCUCUUGCCAGAGGGAAAGUUGAGUACAAAAGGAGUCGGUGGCACAGCACCAAAUAUGUCACAGGCUGAGAUUCUUGAAGAUGGUUUGGUUGUGCCCCUUGGUAAGCCAAAAGAGCAGGACGGCCCACAGGGUUGCCUGCUGUACAAUGAAUACAUAGUGUACAAUGUCGAACAGAUCAGGAUGCGAUAUGUCCUUCAUGUAAAUUUUAAUUACAAUUAUUGAACUUGGCCUACUCUGUAUCUGUAGUGAAACGUUAGGUGAAGCAGCUGUGCGUGAAAUGUCUGUAAUUUUUUCUUGGAAUGUAAUUUGUGUUUUAUGAGAAGAUACAUACCGAUGAUUCUCGAAUAUAUUUGAGGAUUGUUAUUCAAUAAGCUCCUAAUAGUGAACAAAUCUUUUGUUAGAUAUAUUUUAUUUUUGUCUAGCUCCUUUCUUUUACAGUA